ACUUCCGCAUCCGUUGAUACUUCGUCUCGCGGGCUGGCGCCUAAAGGCGGUAAAAACUUAUUUCUCUAUGGAUAAUCCACAACAAAUUUAUGUGAAUACGCGUUUGUUUUUGGAAAAGUUACUUGUUCUCUGUAUUGAAUUGAGACAUGGCGUUGCUCGCUUCGCUGGAGAAGGCGAUUAAGCUAUGCAAAGAAGAACAAGCCAGACUUCAUAGUUGCAUUCAACGUCACAGAGAAUUACUGAUCGCCCUAGCACCACAACCCAAGACAGCACCCGAUGAGUCACAGCCUAUUAGACCUGCAGAAACAGAUACCUCACCAGGGGAGACAGAAGAUUUGAAAUUGCUUGAGCAAGCCCUGGAGAAAGCGCUGAGGGUCCGUGCUGGUGGAGCACUUUCUAAAAACAGCCGUGACAGAAACAAACAUUUUGGAUCUGGAAAGGAACAGGCUGCUGGAGUGGGCACGUCAAAUGAGGUCAAGCAGGCCACUGCAGGGGUCAAGAGAAAUGAACCAAGCAUCAGAUCCACUUUGAAACAAGCCGCUCGAGAUAAAAAACUACAGAGGCCGCCAUCGGUGUCAACGUCACUCAGCUCAAAAUCUUCUGUGGACGAUCACGGCCGACGCAAAAGUACCGUAAACAAAAAGAACCUGCCACUAAAAGAACAGCCUGUGUCCCAGUCGGAUGUUUGUGAUCGCCAACAAUCGGUCACGUCAACAUUGGAGUCUGAUAAUGCUUCAUUAACAGAUGCUGCUCAGCAGCAACAACAGAUGGGAAUCUCUUCGGAUCAGGCUGCCAGAUGGAAGCUUUUGAAGAGCAAGCAAAACAGAUUGUGGGACAAAGUGGCAGCUGCUCAGAGGAAAGCCGAGCCUGGGAGGAGUCGCUUCGUGGAGAGAAUGAGCGCGAUGUUCCCUGAGGACCGGCCGUGUGGUAGCCCAGAUCAGAUCAGAGCUCUGGUGGGCAGCAUGACUCAUCAGGGGAAUGAGAAUCAGACAAAGACCCUGCUGGACCAACCCUCGCCACCAGGAGCCACAGAGCCCGAGUGGGAAGCAUGGGAUCGAUGGAGGCCGGAGGGAGGUUGUCUUUACCCUGCUGCUGCAAAUCUCGCUCAGAGGGAUGGCGUGAAGGCAUUGCUGCCUCCAACAAUCUGCUACCGAAACAAAGCCGAGUUAACAGAGCUGGAGAGGCUGAGAAUGAACGUGGCGCUCCUGCAACAAGAAGUCGUCCUCCAACAGGCUCUUUUGGAUGCUCUGUCCUCUCAGCUGGCGGCGAUUGUUUCUGACUGUUCUGACCCGUCUGUGUUGAGAGGUCUGUACUCCCUCCUGGGAGAAGGAGGGCGACGGUUCCCUGCCAUCGUUCUGGACUGCGACUGAACUCAACUCACUUCUGAGUAAAAGGGAUUACCAGCUGAUAUCGGAUUCCUCCACAAUCUCUCAAUCCGCCCUAAUCAUGCUUAGAGUCAUGCAGACAUUGGAAGAAAUAGUUUUGAAUAAAUAUAUUUCUAUUUUUAAUAUGUUUCCCUGAGACACUUAAGUCACUGACGGAAGAAGAACCCACUGACCUUUUCUGUGUGUGAUCUCUGGGUGCCUGUUGACAGUGUUUGGACUGUGCUUCAUGCCUUUAUU